AUGCUGGAGGCGCUGGUGGAGCGACUGCUGAGUCGCUAUCUGGCUUUGUAUGUUACGGGGAUAAGUCGCGACAAGCUGAGCGUCGCAGUGUGGAGUGGAGACGUCGAGUUGGAAGAUUUGCAGCUAAAGCCUGAAAUCUCCGACCUCUUUGGUUUGCCCUUUCGCGUGGUGUCUGGACGCCUCAAACGCAUUCGCCUCUCCAUCCCCUGGUCAAAACUGGGCUCCGCACCCGUCUGCCUGGAAAUCGAGGGCGUCCACGUCCUCCUCGAACCGAAACCCAUUCCCGAACAAACGGAUGAGGAACUGAUUACACAACUAAGGGAGGCGAAAAAACAACAGAUCGACGUGGUAGAGCAGCAGCUGCUCGAGGCUCGGUCGCAGUUGCUGAAGGCGGCCGACGCGUCCUCUUCUUCGGCUUCGGAGGACCGCGGCGUCUUCUUCAAAUUCGCGAACAAAAUUGUCAACAGCAUUCAGAUCGACGUCCGCGACAUCCACAUCGCCUUCGCAGAUCCCACUCGAGGCUUCAAAAUCGGAGUCCUUCUCGCGGACUGCUCCGUGCACAACACCGACGCGUUGUGGCGGCGCAGCGUCUCUGACAGUGCUAUCUCGCGAGCGACGGGAGCGCCGCUCGUCCUCUACAAGGCCUGCGAACUGAACGGCCUCGCCGUCUAUUGUUCCCUCGCCCUUCGGGAAAGGGAAAAGAACGCGCCGUCUCAAGACACCCGAGACGACGAACGGGCAAAAAGCCGAGAAGCGAGUUUCCGCUCUCUUCCGCGGUCCACGGCCUCUUCGGCGGCGUCGCUACCGCAGGCGUCUGGAGGCUCUCGAGAGGGCCAGGCAGAGACAGUUGAUCCGGAGGCAAAGACCGGACGUCGUCGUGCCCAGGACGCGAGCGAACAUCGAGCCUCGUCCAGCUCUUCCCGCUCGUCCUCCCCGCUUUCGGACGCCUCACGAGGCUUGGAUGCGGAGCGCAGAGGCGGAGACACGAGACCUGAGGACGAAGGUGGAGGAGCGCCUCCCGCAGGGGUGCCGCUGUCCACGGCAGAUGCGGAGGCGUUCUUUUCGGCGCCGAUCACAGAGCGUAACUACGUGUUGAAGCCGCUGCACAUGCGUCUGUUGAUUUCCCACUCGACGACUUUGGGGGAGCUCUGUGCCCGACUCGAGGUGAAGAAGGAGUCGCAAGGCAUCGAGAUCGGCCGCACGCAGUUGAAGGCGGUUCUGGACAUUUCCCACGAGGCUGCGCAGAGACGGCGAAGAUGCGAGAGCCUGCUGCUGCGCAACGUGAACGCCGUCCGCCUCGAUGCCGAGGGUCUGAAAGGCGUCACCGAGAAGGAAUUCAUCGGCCUCUACACGCGCGAAAUCCAGGCCUCGGCGAAUCUUCGGGGUGUCCUGCCGCUGAGCAAGGAAGAGAAGCGCCGACUCCAGACUCUCUACGACGUCGUCGGCGUGCGCCACCUGGCAAAGUGGCAAGCGAUUUGCAAGGAGGCGCUCACGCGGAUCGCCGAGCAGACGCAACAACGGCAGCUGCUUAGACAGCAGGAGCUCGCGCCGCCGCCCGAGCGGCUCAGCUGGUGGGAGUGGGCGACGCAGGGCCGCCGGCAACGCCAGCCGACCGCGCCUCCGGAACACUCUGACGCAGCCAAGCCGGAGGACGACGGCGAAGAGGACCAGCCUCUCCUCACCGAGGAAGAAGUGAACUACAUCGUAAACUCUGUCCAAAGCGACGCGAUCAUGGAGAACAUUGCUGUGCCGACAAUCUACAAGUUGAGUUUCGACCUCGUGCACUUUGGCAUUUCUCUGCGCGACGACGUGUCGGCCGAGCCUGUGGCCGAUUCUGGGCCCGUCGCGUUCUUCUCCACGCCGCUCGCUCUUCAGCAGCGCGCAGCCGCAGCCGCCGGUUCGCUUCGGGCCGACGGCUUGCUGUCGUCUUCGCUGGUUGCCGCCUCUUCGUUGCCUGUCUCCUUUUCGUCGCCGACAGCCUUCCUCGCCAUCGAGCUCUUCAACUGGAGCGCCUCGCUGAACCUGCAGAAUAAGCAGGACGCGUCUGGCGCCGAGAAUUCGCAGUGGACCUUCUCUUUCUCCUUGUCGAAUUUCUGCGUGCGUCACCGAGACCAAAUCAUCAUGCACUUCCGGAAAGACGUCCGAGCAGAAGGCGACGCAGGCGCGCCCGCCGCAGGCGGCGAUACUCCUGGGUCUCCGGCCCCGGAUGCGCUUCCAGCGCCCCUGCCUGUGUCGCCGCUUUCGUCCGGUGGCGGGCUGUUGCGCGAUUCGGGCGCGGCUACCCCGGGCGCCUCGCCCUCCUUCCAGCAGGCUGCAGCGCGCCUCGAGCUUUCGCACGACGUGACGGACGCGGGGAACAUUCUCGGCGUGGUCAUGCGUCUGGCGCCUCUUGUGGCCAGCGUGCGGCCAGACUUGCUGAAGAGUUUGCUCUCCUUCUUCGUGUUCGAAGACCCCGAGGAUAUCCGCCGCCACCGGGAGCGCGAGGAGAAGUCGAUCGCGCAGAGGAAGGCCCUCGCUGCGGCAUCCGAGGCCGACGGCGACGAGCCGCGGGGCAGCGACUCCGCGCGGGCGGACGACGCAGGCGACGCAGGCUCGGCGGCUUCCGAGGACGAGGGCGAUGCGGGUCCGACGCCUGGGGCGAAGCUGGAAGAAGUGGAGGAGAUGAAGAAGACGGAGUUUGUGGAGCACCUCAAGGCGCGCGGCGGGACGGUGUACACCGCGGCUGUGCAGCGGUUUCCGGCGCUGCUUCAGAUCGACGUUUUCAUCGCGGCACCCAUCCUGCACUUCUCGACGGAAGGCUGCGGCCAGGUCGCCCUCCAGUUCGGGACGCUGCUGCUCCGGACCGACGGGACGUGUCCGUACGACGACUUGCGUGGUAUUGUCGAGUUGAACGAGACGCGAAUCAUCUGCCAGCCGCCGAACCAAGAAGAGAUUUCGCUGCUCCGGCCGAUCCCCAUCCGCGUCCACCUCAACCUGAAGCGGCAAGAAGACCUCCAAAUCAGUUUCCUCCUGGAGGAAAUCUUCCUCGAACUCACCCCGGAAGCCCUCGCCGUGCUCCUCGCCGUCCCUGCGUCCGUCGCCAAGUCGCUGAUCGAAGUCAAGAAGGCGCGCAAGGGCCAGGGCGACGCAGACGGGGAGCCCAGCGAAAGUCCUGGAAGCGACGACGAGGCGGCGGGCCGAGCUGAGGCGCGAGGCGGGGCCCUCGGAGACAGGCGAGGGACAGGCAGCGGGCCGGCGACCGGAGAAGAGGCGAAGCACGCGCGGAGGCUCGCCCCGCGCGGCCAAGACGUCCAGCUCUCCGCGGCGACCGUGUCAGCAGCGAAAGAGAUUGCGGCGGCUUCCGGGGCGGCGACAGACGAAGGCGGAGGCCCAAUGGCUCCCUUCUCGGGAGAGUCCGAACUCGGCGCGCUCGCGCCCUCGAAGCGACGCCUCAACGUCAGCUGCAGCUGCUGCAUCGAUCACUGCGGCUUCGUCAUCCACGCGGCAAGCCCGACGACGCGCCCCGCGCCGAAGGCUCUCGCGCGGAAUGGUCUCACGCUCUCUGGAGACGCGCCUCCUCCGCCUGCGCCCGCGGACUGGGGCGCGCGUGGACGCGAGGGCGUGGCAGUGUUACGAGCUGAGUUCUGCUCAAUGACGGUGCAAUUGCAGGCGGACGUUGCCGAGGGGAAGUACUCCGGCUGGGCUGAGCUCCAGCGGGUGUUCGUCUCCGACCCGUCCACGGCCUCGCCGCUCUUCCUCACUCUCCACGAGACAGAAAUGCAACUGACCGACACGCAGCUGUACGAGACGAUGGCGACAUCUGUUCAGGUGGUGUCGGGCGCCUCGGGCGGGUCCGCGAGUGGGGCUGCGUCGAUCCCGCUGCCUGCGCCGUCGCCCUCCGGCGGGGCCCGGCCGCGAACGCCGUCGUCGCCUUCUUCACGAGUCUCUGGGCCACUGUCUCCUCACGACACGAAGGAGAGGAAGAGCGACGCCGACGACGACUCCGAGUUUCAGGACGCGAUCGAAGAGCGCGAGAAGUCCGUGCGAGUCGACUUGACUGCCUUCGUCCCCAGGCGGCGCCCGGGCGUCGCUUCGACAGCGGAGCCCAGUGACGGCUAUGCCUAUCCAGAACUCGCCCCGCAACUCGGGGCGAGUGCUGGGCGCUGGGCCGCCUCCGCGUCGCCGGUCAUCGCCCCUGGACCUGGGGACCAGCCGGAAGUCUCGGUCGCGAUCGCCACAGCAACGGUGGAGGUGCACUGGCAGCAGGAGAGCAUUAAGCAGAUUCUCGAGACGCUCCGGGAGUACAAGCGUCUGAUGCAGAACAAGUUGCAAGUCCACCUCGAGGAGUUGCGGGAGACUGCGAAGCAUGGCGACUACACGUUUCUCUCCAAGGAGGCCGUCGCAGCCAUGCAGGAGACACUGCACAGCGUCCAGCAGUCGCUCGCCUACAUCGACGUCCAGCAGCAUCUGAACGCGGCCUCGCCCCGGCCCCCGCCCGGGCCCGCGCCGGAUGAGGUUGCGACCGCGAAGGGCCAUGCGAGCCCUAGCCGACGGCAGGCGCCCCAAGGUGCGUGGCGAGGCGAGGGCGAGGAGGCACAGAGCCAGACCGCGGGGGAGCGGGAGGGCGGAAGAGGCGAUGAACGCGCUGAGGCGUGGAUGGCUUCAGGCUUGGCCUACGGCGGCGACAUGCCGCCGCUCGCAACCGAGGGACACGUCGAGGCUUCCCAGCCCGCCGCUGGCGCGUCCGGAGGCGGCCAAACCGAAGGCGGAAUGCACCCCAUGGUGAUGCUGAAUCUGAAAGUCAAGGGCGCCGCCAUCGCCUUCUGGAAAGAGAAGCACAUUUUCUCCCGAAUGGGAAUUCGCGACUUCGAGAUGCAAUACAACAUGUUCGAGAACGGAGACGGCACGGUAGACCUCGAAGUCGGCGGCGGGGCGAUCAUCAUGGAGGAGCGGUGCAUUCUGGCGCCGAGGGGAGAGAGAACGGAGUCGGCGUCUAGCGGCUCUCGAGAAUCCCUGCCCAAAGACUCUGGAUCGCGAACUCGAAGCCAGACAGACAGAAGGUCGAGUGCCGCGUCCCAGCAGUCGGCCUCCCUCUUCAGUGCUCGAAUUCGCCACUAUGUUGGUGUUGACCCUGUCUCCAAGACUCCCUUGCCUUACUCAGUCUGUCUACAAGGCGUCUUACACCAGGUUUGCUAUGUGUACUACCAGAAGGACGUGACGAAGUUGCUGGAGUACUUGAAUGACGGCAUUUUCAACGUUUUUAUCACCAAAUCGUACCACGCGAUGAAGCAGGCUGCGACGCGUUCGUAUUUUCUGUUUGCGGUUGAAAUCGCCUGCCCCGUCUUUAUCCUCUGUGAAGACAAAGAAAUCAUCCCCGGCUACGUCCCGUACGUGCCUGCAAAGAAGCGGGACGCUUCAGCGCGAAGCCCGUAUGGCUCGCCGCCUCCCUCUGCUCGCAGCCCGAUCACGCCGUCUCCAACUCUCUCUCGCGCGUCUUCUUCUGCCUCUGCGAACAAAGGCUCUCCGGCCGCCUCUUCUUCUUCUUCCGCUUCUGCUCGGGUUGAGCGUGCGUCUUCGGCCGGCGCGCCGAGUGUCUCUGCUGCUUCGUCUUCGGCCGGCGCGCCGAGUGUCUCUGCUGCUUCGUCUUCGUCGGCGCUGGCGUACGCGGCGUCGCACUGCGCGGUCGACUUGGUUGGCCUCGGCAGUUACAUCACGCUAGACUUGGGACACUUGAGGGUGCGCAACGCGUACAUGUGGGAAGACGAGAUCCCUGCAGACGGCGACGCGCUGGCGCCGGAGAGCCAGGAAGGCGAACCCCGCGCCUCGAGUGUGGGGCAAGCGGCGCCGGGCGGCUCGCGAACGCCGCUCCCGACUGCGGUCUCCGGCGACGACGAGCGGCGCGGAUCCCCGUCCACGUCUUGCCGCGUCUUCACCCUCAGCGUCGAGAUGUUCGGCCUCGCCAUUGGGGCUGUCGACAACUCGACUUCGUCUUUGUCUACGCCUGUGGCGUCUGCGAGGUCUUCGAGUCUGGCGCCUGCGUUCAGGACCACGCGCGCGGAGGCCUCAGGGCGGCAAGCCUGUCACGCCUCGCGGCACGUCGAAGGGUGUCUCCUCGAGACCGUGGACGUCGCGGUGGCUUUCCGGUCUUCGCGCGGCUUCGUCGCCGUCGAGCUCGACACCACGCCCUGGCGGCUGCGGCUCUCGCGGCAACAACUGACCUUCGUGCUCGACGUCGUGAACGAAAACCUCGCAGGCAAGAGCUACCGCCCGGCCCCGGUUGUCCUGACCACCCCGGGCGUCCUCCCCACUGCGAAGCCGGAGGCUCUUGGCGGGUCUCCGACGGCUUCGCAGGCGCAGGCGCACGGCCUGUCCCCCCCCCUGGCUGGGGCCGGCAGUGGCGAGGCUGACGCGGAGCGCGUCGAGCAAGUCCGGCAGGCCCUCGAGGACUCGCCGGUGCGCGUCCGUCUCCGCAUGACCGUCCCCCAGCUGCUUCUGGAGGCGUCCUUUGGGCCCGAGGCGCCCCUCGCGCUCUUCUCCCUCCAGAACGUAGUGGCGGGCGCUGAAGUCACGAUCUUCUCGCUCUACUUCACGUACCGCUUUGUUCUCUGCGCACAGUCGUUCGCGAUCGACGACAUCCGCUCGACCAGCGCAAACUUCUACAAGCGUCUGGCCGAGUGUGCAGGCGCGCCGGUUGCCCCAGGCGAACCCCUGGCAGUGGCGCCUGCGCCCUCGUUCGCGUGGCGAGACGAGGCGAGGGGCGCGAGAGCGGAGACACUCCGCAGUGGGGAGUCGGCCCGCGACGAGAUGCAGGCCUUCUUCGCCGACCAGCGCCGGCUCCUCUCGCGGAAGCGGUCGAGUUUGGGCGCGUACACGUCGCUGUUCUCUGCGGGGGCGAGGACGCAGGCGUCGGCGAACUUCCCGGAGGCGCCAACCGCCGACGGCGAGGGAGAGAUCGACAGUGAGGGCGUCGUGGACGCGCUGCGCCCCGCCAUCAAAAUCGAGUUCGCGUCUUCGCUGGAAGAGGGCGGCAUGCACAUCUCGAUCCACAACGCCACCAUCUACUUGCUCAUGGUCCAACUGAUGGACUUUAUUUCCUACUUCACUUCUUCCUGGGCGUUCAGCACGAUGCGCUGCUACCCGAAACCCGCGCCGCCCGUGUUGCACCGGAGCGCGCCGGCUGCGGGCCCCGCACACGGCGGCGACGCCCCCGACGGAGACAGCGACGGAGACGCGUGCGCCGACGCAGGCGACCGGCCGAGAAAGCUAGCCCGCGGGCGUCAUGUGGCCUCACCCCUCGUGGGCCCUGCGGCUGCGGUCGCGGCGGCCGCGGGGGCGCAGCGCGCGGGCGAGGUCGGCGCGUUUGCGUCCGUCGAGACAGAGGCGGAGCCGCCGCUGGCCGCGUUUGGGAGCGCCGAUUCGGGCCCUCUAGCUCGGUUUUCAACCGUCGCGGACGAGGACGCGCCUCAACGCUUCGCGUCCUGCUGCGGAGAGGACGACGGCGAGGCGCCGCGGGCGUCCAAUGACCAAGUUCUCCUCCCCGCGAGUGCCGUGCUUCCUGAGAUGGGGCCUCGAGACAAACCGUUUCGGAUCACUGUCACCGUGUCGAGCGGACGCUUCAUUCUCUACACGGAUCUGAAGAAGCCGACGGCGCCGAUUCUGCAGUGGACGAACGACUUCUACGUGAAUAUGGUCAGUUCGGCGGACGCCCUUCAAAUGAAAAACAUCGACAUUCUCGACUGCCGGAUUGCGCGCCUCGACGUCCACCCGCCCUUCUCGCCUUUCGCCGCAAGGAGUCCGCGACGCCGAGGCGGGCCCUUCGCAGACAGUCCCUCCUCGCCUCGCAAACUGUCGCGCAGAUCCUCGACGUCUCUCUCCGGGGACAGGCCUGGCGACGCCGAUGCCGGAGGCGAUCCCCGGCGCGCGCCGUCUCUCGCGCAGAUCUCGGGGGUACUCGCCGACGUCCACCUCAUCCCCGUCCUCGACGAGUCGUCGGCCGUGCUCCUCUGCGAGGCCUUCCGCGUCCAGGGCCAUGGCAGCUAUCGCUCGGUAGACGCACAGGAAGAGUAUCGAAAGCAAAAGGCAGAGGCUAUCGUGCUCGAGACGCGCGGAGGCCUUCGCGCGUCAGGACAAGCUGGGCUGGCGGGCGAAGGCGGGAAAGACGGGUCGGGCGCCGCGCACGCGGCGCGGCUCUCGAGCGACGCCUACCGCAGCUCGGUCUUGGCCACGCGACAGCUGCAGAGAGCGCUGAAGCAGCGAACUGCGGGGAAACCCCCGUUCGCGGCGACGCUCGUUCCAGAACAAAUCAAAGAAAUGGUGGGCGGCCGCAAGGGCGGAACGGAGGAAGAGGACGGGCACGCGGACGAAGACGCCGGCAGACAUACGAGCAGGCCGGAGCAGCCAGGCGGGAGUGAGAAGAAAGACGACACUCAGAGCGGGGACGAAACGGAGCCGCCGACGACGGGGAAAGCCGACGAAGACAAAGUCCUGCUCACCGAUUUCGUCCUCGUCUUUGAUAUUCCUGUGUUCUUCCUCCGCGUCUCGAGUCGCGACAUCGCGCUCCUGCUCGCCGCGGCUACGACGAUCUACGCGGACACGCCGUCGGUGAAUCCCGACGAGCCGUCGCCGCCUGUGCGGCCGCCUCCUCCGGACCCGCGUCUCUUGCCCUCAUCGGCCGAGAAGCCGGUGGGCGCGGCCGCGUCUUCUGGGCCGAGUCCCGACGACGCGCCCCCGGAGGCAGUCGCCGCCGGCGCCGGGGACGUGUCUGUGAGUCGGGCUUUGAAGGUGGACGUGAAGCUGCACGGAGUGCACUUGCUGCUGUUGGACGACUUGCGCGCGUCGGUCGUGCCGCUCGUGCGGAUGCGUCUCUCAGUCGCGAGCAUUUUGAUUGAGAAGAAUGUGCAGCAGUUUCUCCUACGCCUGAAGGAUCUGCACUGCGGCUUCGACUACUUGAACCACCGGAUGGGGUCUUGGGAACCGUUCGUCGAGCGCUUCUGCGUCACGGCGAUCUACCGCUUCGACUACGAGGAGGCGGAGCGAACGCGGCAACAACUCCAAAGCAAAACGACAGCGCCUUCCUCGGCGCUCUCGCCCUCGCUGUCCCCGUCUCUGAGCUCGUCGCCGAACACUCCGGCUCUGCCGACGUCGGCCGCGUCGGCGGCUGCGGGGCCCGCGACGGGGAUCGAAGAUCCCUGGCGAUCCUUCAAGGCGGUGAAAACCUACCUGGUCACCUCGACGUCUCCGCUGUGGCUGAACGUGACUCCCGAGCUGUGUAAGCUGCUCGCCUGGUUCGUGCCCUACCUCGCCGCCCACCUCGGGGACGUGGGCCAAGCGACUGAGCGCGGGCGCCGCGACGAGCGGCUGCGUAGCAUCGAGGAACCCGCCAGUGAAGGCACCUCCCGGCAGGCUCGGCCGCCCCGGCCCGACGGGCGCGAUGGGGGACUCUUCGCCACGGGCGUCGCGCCGGACGAGUCCAAAGACGAGCACCUGGCCAGUUCUGCGCGGGCGGCGGAAGACGCGGACACGCGGCCAACCUACGGGCGCGCCGGCGAGGCGAAGCAGACCGAGCCCGACAGGCCAGAGGACGAGCGAGGGUUUUGGAAGCCGGGCGAAGCGAGGGACCGGGAAGCGCGGAACGGCGAGGACGACACCAAGUCGAACGCGGCGUUCCGCUACGUUAAUUUGAGUGGGAAUUGCCUCUACGCGUUUACGCUGAUCGAAACGAAGGGCCGAGCCGCUGCGGAUGCCGCCCAGCCGCAAUCGGUCGUGGGGCCCUCCAUAGCGCGGAUGGCGUCCCGCCACCGACAGCUUUCCUCCUUCUUCCGCCCGGCCUCGCUGCCGACGGCUUUCGAGCGGAAAACCACGCGCGAGAUGCCCGCUGCGGCGAGUGCCUCGAACGCUGGACUCGGGACCAAGGCGCAGCAGACUGUGGGCGUCCUCGUGCUGCUGCAGCCGACAGGCACGGCGAUGCCUUUGGACGACUUGACUCAGGGCCUCACGGAGGAGGCGUCGCGCCGAGCGCGGCGCCGCCAGCGGGUGUACCUGGCCCGGUGUCCGCCAGUGGGCGCAGUCGACCGGCUCUGCGCGAUGUUCCCCGACGUGCCGCGAGCGGCGAUCCUUCGGAAUCUGAACAUGACGCAGGACGUCGCUGCGACCGCGAAUGCGUUCCUCGUCCGGAGCCAAGCGCGGUCGGAGACGGAGGCCUCGGGGAGCAGCGGGGCGCUCUCGGGACGGGCCCGGGCCGGCGCCGAGGAGACUCACCCGAGAAGCAGGGACAGCGAGGACGACAGCCGCGCGCCGCCCAAACUGGCGUGGGACCUCUCCCCGGCGGAAAUCGGGCCCUUCCCCCGAGGCAUGCUGGCGGUCGCUGUGGACAUCAUGCGCAACUGUUGCGUCACGCUCCUCCCGCCGUUCUCGUACGCGGGCGACACCCUCCAGGCUGGGGCACAGAGCGCGGGUUUCCUGGACCUCCCAGAGUACACAGACCUCGCCGCGACGGGGGCGCUCUCCUGGGCGUCGCUGCAGGGCGGGGCUGCGGGCGCCCGAGGCAAAGGGAAGAGUGCGUCCCGGAAGAGCGCCGCAGACGGCGGGCCGUGGAGUGGAACGGACUCGGACGGCCGGAGCACUCUCAAGUCGUCGGCCUCGUUCGCGCCGCACACCUUUGCGAGUCGCCAGUUCCAGAAACUGAAACACAGCAUGUCUUCUGCGACGCUUAGGGCCACGGGCAGCGCCGAGAAGGGUCCUUUCAAAGCCCUCUCCGGGGAAUAUGGCCCCGCGGUCGAGUUCGGCGUUGGCGAGGGCGGGGCGCGGGGACUUCGCCCCACGGCCUUUUCGCCCGACCACGCCGACAGCAAAAGGGACGGCGACGACCGCGAGACAGUGUCUCCGGCCCACGCCGAGAGCGCGGCGGCCACGGCUGCCUUGCACGCACAAGCGUUGUCUCGCACGGGCUCUCGAAGCGCGGGCCAGGCGCCGAGUCCCUCCAAGACUCUCGGCGGGAUCCGCCGCUUGGGCGGCACGACCACCAGCGUCGCGGGAGGCCCUGACGGGGCCGGCAGCCCCGCGGCGAGCGCCGCCAGCCUCCCGUCGGUGCCCGAUCUGUGCGCGUCUGGGGGGCGCCUGGCGGGUCUCUCCGGGGCUCUCGGCCAGCGGACGACCGUGGGCCAGGCGUCGUCGAUGCGCGACAGCCUCCAGAGGUCGGCAGGUUCGCUUUCCAUGCUCCCCGCGGCCCCGCGCGAAAGGGAAAAGAGCCUCAUCCUGCCUGCGGGAUCCUCCGGCUACCGCGACUUCCUGGACGCCGCUGCGGCUGCCGACGACAGCGGCUUUUCGUCUGUUUCCGAGCUUCCAGGGAUCGGCGCUUCGGUCCGCGCGUCGGCGCUUUCUUCUGCGCCGCGCGGCGCCCCUUCGUAUGGAGGUCCCGGGGCGAGCUCGUCGCUCCCGUUCAGCGAGGAGGUUUUCCCGUUUCUCCCCUUUCCGUCGGCGAAGCACGAACUCGUCUGCGAGGUGAUUAGUCCGCACCCGUCCUACAAGUUGCUCAUGGUCACGUCCACCGUCAAGCUCUUCAACUACAGCGGCCUCCCGCUCCAGUUCUGUUUCCUCGACAGCCAACUGAACCCACUGCUCCUCCCGUGCGCGGAGGCGCGGAAGGCGCGAACGGACGCAGUAUAUGGCGUGUCGUCCGCGAUGGCUGCCGAAGGCAGCGCCUCUUUGUCCCCCAGGCAGUCCUCGUUCCACCGGAUUUUCUCUUCGCAUCCGGAGCUGAGAGUCGUCCCGCCCUGGCUGAAGGAGAAGGAACUCCUGAUUGAGAAGCAAGUCGCGCGCGAAGUUCAAGAGCAAAUCGACAACGUCUUUCUGCUGGACGAGGACGCCUCGCUCAUGGCCAACCGCGCGCCGUCCUCUCUGUCUGGGACGCCCUCACGCGUCACCUCCUUCCACGCCUUGAGCGACGCAUGCGGUCGAGGCCGCGAAGAAGAGACGCGCCGCGUCUCGCCCGCGUCGCCGGGGGCGUCCUCCCGAGGCGGCGGCGCUGACCGUGGCGAAGACGAGAGAGAUAAAAGAGAGUUGUAUCGCGCAACUUACUCGUACACCUUUCUCCUCGAAGAUAAACACUUCAUGUCCGUGCCGCAACCCGCGAUCCUCGGCGCCGGCUGGUGCUAUCUUUGCUUCCGUCCGGCGGCCUUCGCGCAGGAGGGCGAAGAAGACCCAAAGCGCGGGCGAAGAGAGCAAGAUCGAGACGCGCCGAGCGGCAACGAAGCUGCCUGGGACGCCUUUCCGUCUCCUCCAGACAUGAGCAGUCUCGCGGGGUGGACGGACCUCGUGGACACCCGGCAGCGCAUGGAAGGCCUGCGCUGUCGGCAAAGCGCGUACGUUCCGCCCGCGAUACGCGCUGCGGCUGAGCGGCGCGGCAAAGCGGCGCGCGCUUCCGUGGCUGACCGCAGGAGCGGGGCGGGCGAGGACGGCGAGCACCGCGACUCGCGGAGUUCUGGAGGCAGCCGGCGCAGCAGUGCAGACGGUGUGUUGAUCAAUGCGGAGCACAACAUGUACUUUUUGGUGAACAUCGAGGGGCGGAAGAGCGGUCUGCCUGCGGAGAAGGACAUCCGAGAAAUCAGCAUUUUCCCGGCGUUGACGCUGAUCAAUGCGGCGCCGGUGGACCUGGACGUGAGCUUGGUGCCUUCCGCCAUCGAUAUGAAGGUGAAACAUCUCCUCGCCGCGUCCCUGUCGGGAGUGGAGAAACUGCAGCAGAUGCAGGCGUACCCUAUCCUGCGCGCGACGCUGCUGAAGCAGAGCACCUUCUACGCCUACGACGUGCCGCCCAACCGCCAGCUGAAAAUGAAACUCAAAUUUGCGCGACUCGAAACGGCCGGAUGGUCCUCGACGAUCAGCGAUCUCAUGAACACCGCGGACGAAGUGGUCAGUCGCCUCCUCCUCCCGGCGAAACACUUUGCGCCUGUGGAACUGGAGGUUCUCCGCGACAGUUCGGAAGUCGCCUCCUCGCUGGCCUUCGUCCAGGAGAAGCAGCUUUCCGUCGUGAUUUCUGCCCCGCGAUGCUUCAUCGACCGCACGGGCCUCGGGUUCCUGCCGGUCAAGGACGGCCAGCAAUACCCCGUCUUCGACAAUCAAAUCAUUCUGCUUGGCGACUCGACGCUUCCCGAGGUCAGCCUCGUUCUGCCGUACUCGUCCCAGUCCAGCGCGCAGGGUGCCUCGGCCCGCGCCUCCAGAGCCCCGUCCAGCGUCGUGCAGUGCUCGAUCGACGUCCCGGCUCUCGGCGGCUUCAGCCACGCAACUGCCGUCACGCAGGGCCGCUGCUUCACGCUCUGCAUGAACACAGAGAAAAUCGAUCCCGCAGAAACAGGAGGCGUUCUAAGCAGGGUAGUCUCGCUUCUGCCGGAAUACAUCAUCUCGAACUUUUUGCACGGUGUCAUCUACUAUCGGCAGUACGGCACCCAAGGACCUGUCAUCGAAGUCAAGCCCAACUCGAGCUAUCCGAUCUACUGGAGCAGCGCGGAUCUGCCGUUCGCCUUCCAGUUUCGCCCGGGCACCACCGAGGGCUACGCGUGGUCUGGGCCGAUCAUCGCGUCUGAGGAAUUCGCCGGCCAGAAUUGGUUGGUGCUCUACAACGGAAUAGGCAAUUCUGCUCCAGGCGUGUUUGACGUCGAAGUGUGCCCGGACAACGGCGUGAAGAGCGUCUCGCUCCGCCACAGCUGCGACGCGUCCGGGGGCUACGUUCUCAUCAACAAAUGCAAAGCCCUACAGAAGGUCAUGGUGCACACUUACCACUACGAGAUGGCAUUCCAGAACUCCGCCUCUUCCUCCGGGACGCAGCGCUCGGGCAGUGACGGCGACAGCGCGCCCCAGAAGGUACCAGAUUUCGACUUCCACUUCUUCGCGCAUUACGGCGAAAGCGUGCACUUUGGAUGGCCCUUCCCUUUCACCUACGCCUCGCGACCGUGCCAAGUGCUGUUGUGGAUCGACAGUCGCACGGUGGCGCCGAAGAAGCCGAUCGCUCUGGACCUUCGCGUGCCUCAACACAAGCGGUACGAAGUGAGCCUGGGCCUGCGGAACAUGCCGAGAAUCAUCGUCCGAACAGAAAAGCGCGGCGACUGUGUGGUCAUCGAAAUCCGCUCGAAGCCUGGAACCGGCGAUCUGUCUUCGCCGGAUGGAGUCGAGGACUCCAGCGGCGAGGAUCUCACGAGCAUGCACUUGGCCAUAAACAUGGCGGAGCUCGGCAUUUCGCUCAUUUCUGAGAGCUUGCGACAGGAGCUCUGCUUCGCGGAACUGUCGCAGGUGGCCCUGGGCUUCCAGCAGAAAGGCGAGCGGCAAAAGCUGCUCGUUCGCUUGGCUGACAUUCAAAUCGACAACCAACUGGCUGACGCCCAGAAGCCGGUGCUUCUCGCGAAUCGAGGAGGCGCCGGCAGCAGUCAAGGAGACGCCUGGGGAGCCGACCGCUACGCCUCCAGGAGCUUCUUGACCAUCUUCGUCGUUCGCCACCACGCGCUGAGUCGCGACUUGGCCUUGAGGCGCGUCCACGUGGAGGUCGACACCUUGGAAGUCGAAAUCGACGCAGACAUGCUGAACGGGUUGAACGAUUUUUUUCACGCCUGCCUCGACUCGCUGGGUUUGCGCGGCAAGCGCGGUAUCCGAGGAAGCGGCGCGUCGACUGGCCCGGGCCAGGGGUCGGACUCGAGCGAGGGCGGCCGGCUGACACGCGCGGGAGUAACAGGGAAGGAGUUGCAGUUUUGGGUGCACCAUCCGCUGCAAGAUGGCUACGUGCCUCCGCCAUUGCCAACCGUUUUAUCUCUCGAGAGCCUCGUGAUUGAGCGCUUCGACAUCUACUGCUGGUGCUCCUUCGUCCUCGACAAGAUGCACAUGCUUUCCGACCUUCUCAAGGUCGGCUUGCGCAUUCUCAUGGCUUCAGGACGCCUCGAACUCAUGGGCGCGCGUCUCCAGUUUCAGCGAGGGGAAUUCCGGGCGAUACGCGGCAGCGCGCGCACGUUUUUGGCGUGUCUCCAAGACCGGUACACGCACCUUCUCCUGAGUUCGAUUUUCUCGUCUUUGGGGCAGUCGUCGCUGCUCAAUCUCCCGCGCAUGCCCUACGAGUUCGGCAAGAACACGAUCGGCUUGGCGGCGAACGCCGUGGACAGCGUCAGCGCGGGCCUCGGUUCGCUCCUCUCCACGCUGACCUUUGACUCGGAGUACAUCAACCGCCGGCAGCGGGAGCGCGUGCGGACUGCGAGCAGCAUGCGAGACGGGUUCUUGAACGCGGGGAAGAACAUCGGAGAAGGCGUCUGGUCCCUCACCAACAUCGUCACGAAGCCGAUCGAGGGUGCGCAGCGCGAAGGCGUCGGCGGGUUCUUCAAGGGCAUUGGCAAGGGCCUCGCCGGCUCCCUCGUGAAGCCCCUCGACAAAGUCGGUCAGGCCGUCUCGGACAUGACUCGCGGGAUCAAAGCGGAAGUCUCGAAGCCUCUCGGCGGAAGCAAAUGCCGCACCGAGCGACGCCGGAAACCCAGGAUGCUCUGGGGCGAGUACGGCGAAAUCAGGCCCUACGACGAGCGCGAAGCGUCCCUGCGCGAGUGUCUGGGCCUCCAAGUCAUUCGGCGGCUCCUAAAGUGCAUCACGGUCCUGCGACAAGAGACGCUUCCGGCGCGCCAUCUCGCGCUGCUCUUCUAUCCGAAAGAUGUGUUCUUUGUGGAUUUGUAUGGCAACCGCGGCGUGCCGCCUUCCGCGUCGGGCAGUCAGUCGACUUCGGGGAGCGGCGGGGCGUCUGAGGACUCCGAAGAGCCGGGCAGAAAUACGCGAGCUUACAUUGUCUGGCACAUCAGCAUCCCGUUGAUCAAGGAAGUGCGCGCGAGCACGCAUGGAAUCAUUAUCCGCACGUGUCUCCCCAGCGCCGCGCAGCCCGCGGGGAACGAAACUUCUGCACGGGGCGGGAGGCUCGUUGGAGGCCAAGACCCGAGCGGCCAGACGAUUGCAGGCAAAGGAGCGGGCUCCGCGACGCUGUCGUUCGCGGCGUCGAGCGAUGACGGGCGAGCAGGGGUCGGGAGUGCGGCAAAAGGGAAAGACAGAGGCGAUAGAGAUGCUGCGACGACCUGGCGGAGAGGCGAGAAGUUCUACCAAGUCCCGUGCCAAAGUGCAUCUCUCACGCGACAAAUCUACCAAGAACUGUUGGAGGCACAGAGCAGCACGAGUGCCGUGGUCGAGUUGGGUAGCUGGCGCACUAUGCAGUACGCCAAGUACCAAGACGAAGACUAA